GAAGCGAUCGAGGAACGCUGCUUCUGUGUUCUCGAAAGUCAAAAUGACGGCUCGAAGGGGAAUUACCCAAUUACCGAUCGCUUGUACUUUACCACGGUGGAAUAUACCAAGAAAACAAUUGUAACGCAUCUUAGUGGGUAGAACUACAUAAUCACGCUGAAAUAUGGACUUAAAAAAAUUAACCUGGGACAAAUACGAGUCUUUAUUUUAUGCCCCUGCCGGGGAAGUAACGAAUUCCAAAACCUGCGAGCUGUUGGGGUACAAAGGAGGUAUACCCGUGUUGACUAACAAAACUGUAUUAGAAGCCAAUAAACCACCUACGAACUCUUCUAUAAAUAAAGUAAGUGCCAAACAGAUUUUAAGAGUAGAAACAGACUCAAAAACUGGGGAGAAAUUCAUCAACUUAAAUGGCAAAAAGCUCAGGAUGGUGGCAGAGCCACAACUCUCCUCCCAAUUCAAGCAAAACCCACAGGUGAUAAAAGCAAGCACUUGCGGUGACAAAAAGCCAGUGAAGGUCAAGAUAAUUGGCAGCAUGCCCUCCAUCCUGCACGGUCCCUCUAGAUUGGUGAAAAAGGGCACAUGCCAAGUUACUGAUAUUGCCAGUUCAAAACCCAGUGUAAACAAAACUGAUAACACCACUCAGAUAACUCAACCAGUGAUAAACGUACCAGUAAAAAUCCCCAGUACUGACAAGGUUAUAAGUGGGAACAGUACAGCUGUUUGCAGCAACACAGUGAACAGUGACCACCAAGCAGCUGUGACUCCCACCCAGGAGAAUGGUAGGUGUUUGAAGUACAAACACAGCUUAAUUAUUUAUAGUGAUGGUUUACUGAAAUCCCCUAACGGCGUGUUGAAAAUGAAUCCCCUAGAUCUAUCCAAAGUCAACAAACCUGACUGUGUCAAGGUUGAUGUGAAAAAAGUAGAUAGUAGUGUGCAGGCUACAGUUAAAACAGUCGAUGAAAGUGUUCAGACAGAGGAUGAGGAUGAUCUGUUCAACAUUUUGAACCUUGACUUUUUGGAAUACUUGAGUUCAAACGCCCCGACAACUAUGACUCCUAAGGCUGCCCCGGUGGUAGUUAGCCGCCCCGAGCCCGCCAAGGCGCACAGCGAGAAGUUUCAAAUGUUCUUUCAGGACCUGAGGCGGGCCAUGAUUCCGGAUAUGGACGGGAAUAGGCCAAUUCAUGUGGGGGUUUUGACUAAUGACGUCAGUUUCGUUAAAAGAAGCUGCAGCAUCCUGAAGGCCUUGCAAACGUCAGUCGACGUUUUGAAUCACGGAGACCUGACUGCGCUGCAACUGGCGGUUUUAAACGACUCCAAUCCGCUCAUAGUAAAAAUGCUGCUAGCGCACGGAGCUAGCUUGGAAGUCGUCGACUCGGAAGGGAACAACAUAAUACACCUCGCGAUCGAGUGGAAGCGGACGGAGAUGCUGGACAUCCUCCUGAGAUCCGCCGACGAACGCAAGUUCAACUUGGACGACUUCAAUGCCGAAGGUUUGACGCCUCUCAUGAUGUGCUGCUGCAACAACCUGGUCCAGUGCGCCGAUCUCCUGCUCAAGUACGACGCGGACGUGAACGUCAAGGACCGGAAAUCCGGCAGAACCGCCCUCUUCCACGCGGCCGAGAGCCACAACUUUGAAAUGGUGCAGCUGCUGUUGAACUACAACGCCAACACGAAGAUAAAGAAUUUCUUCGGGACGAGCCCGCACGACGCCAUGUACGAGGUGGACGAGAUCCCGGAGAACAUAAAGAGCGCGAUCCUGGGAAAGACGUCGAAGAGAAAGUCCGCGGAGGAGCCGAAAACUUUCAAGAUCCGCAAGAUAGACGACGGUACGAACAAACUGAAGACGUACGCGAGAUUUAAGAAGAUCGGUGAUUACGAGAUUCCUUGCUUCGCGGCGAAGGCGAAGUAAGUCUCGAUUUGCGUCGGAACACGAAUUCUGUAAAGUUAAAGCAUAGACUGGAAAAUAAACGGUAGACUGGUAAGUCCAAUUUGUUUAUCUAGAAUACCGUUUGUUUUCGGGUCAAAAUGUGAGGAUGAAAAACCAAUCUAGUCGUCAAAGUGCGGAAAAGACAUCGGGUUAGUUAUAUGAAGGAUACAGACCUAGGAAUUUUUUUGCUAGGGUCGUUCUUCUGUCAUAUCGUUUAGCGAAUUCUUGUAAAUAGACACACCAUUAAUUUAUUGAAUUUAGCGUACAUUAGUAUUUUUUUUCUGUUCGUUGUUCAAGGUAGAGGUUGCAGUGCCGGUUUUAGUUCAAACGUCCCAUUCACGAAUUAAUGUAAAUAAAAUUGUAAUGACCCUACUCUCUUAAAGGUGACUGACCCCAGCGCGCGUAUCACAAAUGAUAUAUGUAAAAAAAAUUGUUUUUGUAGAACUUAAACAUAAAAAAAGUUGAAUUUUGAGCGUAACCGAAAAAUUUCUCAGGAAAUAAUGUUGAUAUUUUCAUCGUUCUCUUAAAUUGGCUUAAAGAUCACCCGUUACAUGAAAAGUUGAUUGAACACAUCGUUGACGGUAUUUUUUUUUCCACGAUAUUUUAAGCAUACUUAUCGCCGAAACGUUUUCGCUACGUCUAACUUAAAAUUUACACCCGUAAGAACUUUUUUUUACUUCGCUUUUCACAAUUUAAAGCAGAUGUGUGAAUGUGAAUGACAUUUUAUGCAUCUGCCGUGCAAGGGAACGCGAAGCGGAAUUGUUCCACGUUUUAAAAUUUACCGACAUCCGAUCCUCCGUAUGCUUAAAAUAUAUCCCGAGGGAUCGUUUGAAGUCUGACGCGAUCCCGUUAAAGACUUUCUUUUUUCAUGAAAGGGUGACUAAUAUGCCCAAGAAGUUACUAGUUUUAAGCGUAGUGGAUAACGGUUAGUUUUAGGAAUAUCCAUUUAAAAAGGUGGUUAUGUUAAUAUUUAGACUCAAAAACUUCCCUUUUUCGACAAAAAUCCACGAAUAUUUGACUAAAAAAAUGCAAUAAUGGACUUUGACUUACGUUACUUGAAAAUAUCCUGAAUAGACACUUUUAACACACAUAAAUUAAUGAUUAAUGAACUAAAAUAUCUAGCUUGUAAAACAUAUUAGAUUUAAAAUACCGCCGUAAGAAGUUAUUAGGUAUAACGUUAAGUUAUGGGUGGAUUAGGCAUAAUUUUAAAGCAUUAUUUGUAACGCGUCGUCUAAGAACACAAGUUUAGUGGUAAUAACCAGUGCGGGCCAAUAGUAACAAAGCCACGCCCCUAAAAUUUGACUGUCGAACCAAUCGCAAAAGUCCAUUCAAUAAUCCAUGGCCUGCCGCUAUUGCCUUCGGAAGCGAUUUUAAGGAAAAUCACCUUAAGGAUAUUUUUUUAUAAAAUGUAACCAUAAUCGGUAAUCACUUAACACUAAAUUCUGCUUGUCGGUCUGCCAUGUAGCCAGACGUUUAAUAAAGAAAUCUCUAAAGCGAUUUUUUCAUAAAUCGUUCAAGAAAAACAACAAGCCGUGGAUCAUCGUAAUCGGUUCAAGUACAUCUAAAAGGCGUCUCAGAUUUAAAAAGGCGUCUUGAUUCUCAAAGGAUCGCACUGUAUUUACGAUAGAACAAAUAAAAGAAUUACACGGACUCCAGAUUUUAGUUAUUUUAAAGGCAAGGGAUGUUUUUAGACGGCGCCAUCUAGGGAGUAACUCCUGUUGCGUACAUAUUCCGCAAAAUCUACCGUUGUAAAUGAUUUUUAAACAGUUUUUCAGACUAGUAUUAAAAUUAAAAUUUCUUCUGCAAAAUUCAAGCUAAGAAACAGGUCGAUUAAAGAUAGGAGCUCUUGAACAAUAAAUUUGAUUUUGUCGGGACGUUUUUUAACGUUUGAGUUACUCCGGUACAAAAAAAUGCUACUCCUAACAUACUGUACAUAUUUAGUGUCAUUUUAACUUUUAAGUUGUUUCGUUCGAUGUUCCGAUGUUAAUGUGAGGAGUUUUCAGAGCGAAUAUUGCAAAAAGUGUUAAAAAAUCAUCAUCACAAGUUAGUAACUGAAACCGUAAUAUCUUGCGUGAUUUUGUUCACUCCUUAUGUGUAGUGUACACACAGCUUUUGAAAUGUUUGUAGAAAGUGAAAAACGAACGUUUCAAAAAA